CAAGCAUCAAUUUGAGGGGAUCUACGGAUACCUGCUUUGGGCUGAUGCUAAGGAGUUUCAGUCUUCCAUUGCUCUAAACUCCUCGCUUUUCAGCAAUCUUAUCCUUCGAUUUUGCCCGUGUUGCUAAUCCAUCUUAACCGUCCGCUUGGUCUCCCGACUGGGUAGAAUCGUGCCGUUUUAUUAGCUGUGACAAGCUAAUUUAAGCUUGAUCGGUUAUCCUUCGCAUCCUAUGGCCUGGUCCUAGGACUCAAUUAUAAAUCAUCUCUAGAAGAGGGUAAAAGGCCUAUUAGAUGCUAGGCACUCUUUUUGGCUGAUUCGUGGCGGUAGCUUGGUAUUAAGUGAGAGUGAACCAGCCAAUCGGGCGGAGUAUUAAUUAUAGGCCGAUGUUGGAUUUAGUUUGACCCCUGGCCGCUCGUCAGAGCCACAUGAAUCCUGCUUUUCCUCGUGUCCAACCCGCACGUCAAUCAAUGUCUGCUCACAAGUGUGUCGGUAACCCGACCUUCAACGAGGUCUAUGCUGGUGCCUUCUCAGAAUGGCCAGAGAAACUUCCGGGGGUCAUCUGCAAGACGCCACCAAUCGGCACCAACAGCGCUCCGCGAUUUGCACAGUGCUGCUCCGGCCCUGUAUACAACAUCACAUCACCGACUGUUCCGGAUGACCUCGCUUACCCGGUCACCUGCGCCACGUUGUGCCAGAUUUCACCAGCUCUAAACGCCGAUAACGACAAAAAUCCAUACGGUUGGAGCGACCACUUCAUGUGUUUGACGGAUGGUGGUAUCGAUGCCUCGAAUUGGGAGGUCGUCUGCGACACUAUCACUGUGUCAGGCCAGUCGGCACCUACUUCGUUCAUCUCCACGCCGACGGGGAGCUGGGCAACCCAGAGCGAUGCGCUUGACAGUUUGGGCUUCCCCGAACCUUCGACAGUACCGGUCCUCUCCAGUACGGGGACAGAGACAAUCACCAGUAGCAGUGACCGCCGCGAGAGCUCUGCUACUCUCGCCCUUUCCAGCAUAGGACUUUCAGAGACAGUGCUGUCAUCGACGUCCCCAUCAAUCAGCUUGCCUCCGUCAUCUUUGACCAGCAAAACAGCGGCAGCAACAGGGCCUGCGACGCCGACCAGCACAUCGACUGGUGCAAGGCUCAGCUUGUAUAAGGUCGCCACGACGAUGCUCAUUAUUUCUCACCUCUAUAUUGGAUGGCAUCUUUCCGCAAGCUAGAUGGAUACCGAAGAAAGAGACUGAAUGACGUCUUACGUAUGGUAUGGAACCAAGUAGGCUGACUGUAAUACUAUUAGAUUUAAAUAUUAAUACCAGCUCUGUUCACUAGUUGUCUUGAUCUAGGUAGAAUCCGACUAAUACCCGUAUUGUAACCGAAUCAUACCGUGUAGGGACGGCUAGGUCUCAAGAAAGGUCAUAAGCAAAGUUUAGAGGCGAUAAGUUGCGUUUCUGUGGUGUACGCAAUUGAAAUAAUAAUAAGCAUGAGAGUCUUAUCCAUGCCCUGAGAUAUUUCCUUAGUAUAUCUGCAGUUCAAUGUUCAUGCUGUAUACAUACUUGAC